AUAGCAAAAUGGCACAACAAAAAAACAAAAUGGCACAACGACAAGCUAACGAAGCAAAACGCGGCAUACCAAAGUGAAGCAAAAAAAAUAACUUACGACGUUGUGACCAUUUAUGCGACCUGUGGUGGGCCCGCGAAACUCUGCUGUGUUAUAAAAAUUAUGAGGAAUGCUCACGCAAGGCAGCCGAAGUUAAUUCUGUGGGAACCAAACGGGAGCGAUCCGCAAGUGAAUCGAAACUUCUGCAAAAGGGAGUGAACGUGUACGUUUGGCUCGAGAUAGCCAUUCGGCGCACUUACUCAAGGUAGAGACCUGCGCGACAGCGGGUGGGGCAAGAAAAAAAGAAUCCCGUCUGUGUUUUAAAAAUCGCUUAAAGAGGCGCAAUACCCCUGGGGAAUACUUCGAACAAGCUAGCCAUUCGUAAAUUUUGAAGCGUACACGCAUCUAUACGUAUGCGCAUGUGUGUAGGCAACUUUUAAACGCGCAAGGGCGAUGAAGAUGAAUAACAUAAAAAAUAUGAAAGCUCUUUAUCGCCACAUCCUAAGUGAAGCCUCCAAAUUUGAAAACGUAAACUACAGCGUCUACUUCACGAACAAGGCCAAAGAAACCUUCCGAGAAUUUUUUAGCAGCAACCAUGCGAACCAGAGCGAUGAAAAACUGAAGGCGUUUGAGAAGGACUGCCGGGAAUACCUUAACAUGCUGAGGAGACAGACGGUGGUGCACAACAUGUACCACGUGGAUAAGCCCCUGGUGACUAAAUGAAGAAGGGGAGCGGCACCGCUACGCCGCUACACUGCUACCCCCCUCCUUCCAUUUUGGUCGCUUCCACUUUUUGCUUUUUUUUGUCCGACGAAACGUUGCGCCGAUAGGCCACCCCAAAGAAGAAGCUUCUUUAUUUGCACCAAUCCGGAGAAAACAAAAAAAAUAAAUAUAUAAAUAAAACAACUGCGCAGUGUGUAGAGAGAGAACACUUUGCGCACAAGUCACAUGAACAUCUAAUCCAUUUUGUUUU